ACUGUGAGUGUAUUUCUCUGCGAACAGUGAAGAAAACCUCAGGGGGUUCACUGCACUGAAUUAGGAAACGUGGCCUUAAGAGCGAACCGAGCACAUAUCAAUGAGUACAGUGAGUUGACAAGGCAUCUAUUUAAAGAUUACGUUAUCACUUGUAAUUUAACGCGCAUACACGCUGAAACAUGGCAGAAGUAGACCAGAGCGCUGCGGUGUCAGACGGAUCCAGUAACGCUUCGGAUGUGGUAAACGGGACUGCGGGCCGGUUGGUGUCCAGCGCCGAGGGCACUGCACUGGCAUACGGCAGCCUGCUGCUCAUGGCCCUCCUGCCCAUCUUUUUUGGAGCCUUGAGAUCUGUGGGCUGCUCUAAGUCUAAGAAUGCUUCAGAUAUGCCAGAGACCAUCACAAGCAGAGAUGCUGCACGCUUUCCCAUCAUUGCCAGCUGUACUCUCUUUGGCCUGUAUCUCUUUUUUAAGAUUUUCUCUCAAGAAUACAUAAACUUACUGUUAUCCAUGUAUUUCUUCGUGCUGGGAAUAUUAGCGUUAUCUCACACCAUGAGUCCUUUUAUGUGUAGGCUUUUUCCUGCCAACCUGCCAAAUAAGCAGUAUCAGCUGCUGUUCACACAGGGCUCUGGGGAAGGCAAAGAGGAGAUUGUCAACUAUGAGUUUGACACUAAGGAUUUAAUAUGCUUGGUCAUCAGCAGUGUGGUCGGGGUUUGGUAUAUCCUUAAAAAGCAUUGGGUAGCUAAUAAUCUGUUUGGUCUGGCAUUUGCUCUGAAUGGAGUUGAGCUGCUUCACCUGAACAAUGUCAGCACUGGCUGCAUCCUGCUGGGAGGUCUGUUUGUUUAUGAUGUGUUCUGGGUUUUUGGCACCAAUGUUAUGGUGACUGUCGCCAAGUCUUUUGAAGCUCCCAUUAAGUUGGUUUUUCCUCAAGAUUUGCUGGAAAAGGGUUUAGAUGCCCGUAAUUUCGCUAUGCUUGGACUGGGGGACAUUGUAAUUCCAGGAAUUUUCAUUGCUUUGCUCUUACGCUUUGAUGUCAGUUUGAAGAAGAAUACAAGAACCUACUUUUACACCAGCUUUUUGGCAUACAUAUUCGGUCUGGGCCUCACUAUAUUUGUCAUGCACACCUUUAAGCACGCUCAGCCUGCUUUGCUGUACCUGGUCCCUGUUUGUCUUGGAUUUCCAAUGCUGGUGGCUCUGAUUAAAGGAGAACUGACGGAAAUGUUCAGCUACGAGUCUACAGAUGAGGUUUUGCCGCACAGCCCACGGCUCACUUAUUUCCCCACCGUAUCGGGCUCUCCAGCUAGUCUGGCUAACUCCAUGCAGAGUUUCACGCACUCUUCCCCCCGCUGUCGUCGACACACACCCUCCGACAUGUAAUGACUACACUCCUUCCUUCUAUUUUGUCCACGCCCAUCUGUGCAGAUACGAGGAGUCUUCACCGGAGGAGGAAUCAUCGAAAGAGGAAAUGACAGAAUCUGAUAAAGACAAAUAAUUGCAAAAUGAGUGUUCAUCUCAUGAGUUUGUCACAGUGCAGUUCACACAGAAACCUGUCAUAUUCUGCACUUGCUCAUUGCCAUCUUUUCUUCAGACUGUUGUACAACAGCCUUCUGCGUGCCUGUAUCUCUGCUUGUUGAUUUCAUUGCCCUUGGCAAUCUUGUUUGGUAAUUAUAUAAGAUGUUUUCUUUCAGAGGCUAGGUUUUUUUUUGUGAAGGGUGAAGUUAGACUUUGUAUGUAAAGUGUCAUUUCGCUGGGCAGAUUCAAUACAAAUCUGCCUGACACAAACUCAUCCACACAUUCACAUGUAGCAUUUCCCCUCUUCUAUCCAUAAGGAACUGAUUUUGCGAUGUUGAUGUAAAUGAAGUUACUUUGCACUGUCCCUCUUCUAUAAAAUAAUGAGACAAAAGCAUUUCUAUCAUACAAACAAAAUACAUUGGGACCAGAUAUUCCCCCAUGUUUUCAUACUUUAAAUUGACCAACUAUUAUCCUGUAUUAAAUAUUGUUUACCUUAUGCUUUGCUUGUUUGAAUUUCUUAGUAUUCUUCGCUAUAAAUGUAACAUGCAAGUUUAAGCGUUUCUUGUUAUAUUUUCUUUGCAUUAAAGUUUGCAAAUUAUAAAGUGUUUUUUUACCAUCUUGCGUAAGCAU